CCGUAGAGUUACCGUAAAACUGGACCUGUACUUGCAGCAUUGUUGUUAUGUAGUUUCAUCAGAAUCGGGAAAUGCGAGUGUUUACAACUUCACGCAGAACUCAUUGAUAACUAGUCCGACUCACUUUUAAUACUUACUAAUGUGUUCGUGGCAUAAUGUCGUCAGAUUUGAUGUUAGAUUUCGUAAAUCCAUCGAUAAUGAAUAAGGAAGCGGGGGACAUUUCCAUCGAUCAGGAUGGAGAGUGGGAUAUCAGUUUGUUUGAUGAGCUGGAAGAUCUUGGGGAUGCUGAUGAGCUUCUGGAGGCUCUGGUGGAAAGUGUAGGCUAUGACACCUCUGUUCCUGACCUGAACUUUGACUUUGAGCCCCCAGCGUGGAACUCGGAUGGCUGGAGAGAAAACGGUAGCCCUCGAUCAGAUGGUGAUGUAACCGUGGACUCACUGUCACCAAACCACACGCUCAGUUCAGUGUCCUCACCAGCGUCAGUGGAGCCCCACUCACCAUGCUCCACACAUGAUGAGGCACCGUCUCCAGCCUCCUGGCAUUCUCAGCCCUCUCCGCUGUCUGUCUGCUCUGACUCAAGUGGCUUUGCUGAGGCGCCUGCUGAGAUGAAGCCUUCCAAGAGGACCAGUCAGUCAAAAGCAAAGCCUCUCCAGCCAGCGAAGAGGCCCAUUCAGUAUAGCCCCAAGGUUUCCAUUCAGCCUAAACCGCUCAUUACUGCGGUGCCUAUCUCCCAUGCUGCAGCCCCCCUUCAGACUAAGACCAUCAUCAUCCAGCCUCUUCAGACUACAGUUCUGCCUGUAGUAAAACCUCCACCAGUCACCAUUCAACCAGCACCCCCUACAGGUCAGCGAAUGCUGCUAUCUCAGCCUACUCGGGUUGUCAAGCUUCAGACACCUCAGGCGGUGCCCACGCAUGUAGUCACAUUGCCAACACUGGCUCAGGACAGAUCCAUCUCUGUUGUUGCACCGGUAACAGCAUCUCCUGUGGUUGCCAUGACACUGCAGAAUUCCACUCCUGAGGAUGAUUCAAGUGCGUCUCGGAGACAGCAGCGCAUGAUAAAGAACAGAGAGUCUGCUUCUCUCUCCCGGAAGAAGAAAAAGGAGUAUUUGUUGACGCUGGAGGCCCAUCUGAAGGCAGCGCUGUCAGAGAACAAGAAGCUGAAGAAUGAAAAUGGCACAUUGAAAAGACAAGUGGAAGGCCUGAUGAGUGAGAACUCUGUGCUGAAAGCAACUGCGCCAAAACGGAGAGCUGUGUGUCUUAUGGCGGUCAUGGUCUUCUUGGUCUUUAACUUGGGUCCAAUGAGUCUGCUUGGAGGAGACAGAGGGUCUACAUUUCCUACUGCCCCUGCGUUCAGUGGCAGACACCUGCUGGGCUUUUCCCCAGAGUCGGAGAGAAACUUGGAGUCAGACAGGCCUCAGACUGAUCCCUCUAACCCUGUGAACAGGUUAGAGGAUGUGGUAUCAGAGCAGAAGGCACUGAUGGUGGUGAAGGAUCCUCUGUAUUUCAGAACUCCACCACCCUGCCAGCCACCUGUCAACAGGACCAAGUGCAUGAAGAUAGCACAUGAGCUGAGGGGCUGGGUACAUCGUCACGAGGUUGAGCGGACCAAAACUCGCCGCAUGAGCAACACUCAGCACAGAGGCAGAACCAUCCUGAAAGCAGCAGAUAAACGGGCUGAGGUACCACAGAUCAUGACACAGAUCCAGUACACGGAUUCCUCUGAAAAGACUCCCAGCAGCGAGCUGCAGGUGUAUUACGCCCCUCACCGCACCUACAAUGACUUCUUUGAUGAACUCAACAGAAGAGGGGACACAUUCUACGUGAUCUCUUUCCGCCGGGAUCACCUCCUUCUUCCCGCCACCAACCACAACAAAGGCAGCCGCCCUAAGAUGUCUGUGGUCCUGCCAGCUAUGAAUUACAAUGAGAGCAUCAUUAAAGACAAAGAGUUUGAGGUGAUGAUGCAGAUCGACUGUGAGGUCAUGGACACCAGGAUACUCCACAUCAAGUCGUCUACUAUUCCACCCAUCUUGCGGGCCAAUCAGACAGACACAGACUCUUUCUAUCACGCGGCCCCCAACAACCAGCCUGCGGCCCCCGUCGGUGUCCUCAUGGGUUCUUCUUAGUCUCAGCUAUCUAUCUUAUCAAUCUUGUUUUGUUGUGAAUUACCUGUUUUUUCACCAUCAUCUAUUUUGUUACAUAAUAAGCAUUUUGUGUUCAUUUUUGUGCCUCUUUUUAUUCGAGUGGCCAACCAGGAUCUUGGUAAUCAACUAACAAAUCACCAAGAUAUUCAACAUUAGUCGAGAAUUCCUCUUGAAGGCACCUCUUCCAAAUGCAUCUAGUAAGCCAUUCAAUACUGAUGAGCCAUUCAAUACAUAUUGCAGUCUAUUGACUUCAACUACUGGCAUUUACAUAAAUGUAAUAUGUAUUGAAUGGCUACACUUUAUGCAAAGUGACUUCAAGCAUGUUCUACCAGCUGAACUACGGGAGCAUUCAUUAUCCAAAUCUCCCAAACCAAAGUGCGAUCUGGCUCGAUUAUUGAACACUUUUCUGCUGUAUGUGGUAGCUGUCAGGGAGUUGUUUUUGUUUUUUUGUGUGUACUGUGCUUGUUUUGUUUAUAAAAUUAAUUCAAAUGAAUAUUUAUGAAGGUUUAAUAUUUGUACCAAACUUGUUUGGUACACAUUUAAUGGUCAUAUUCAGCAACAUAUUCUUCAGCACCACUAUCCUCAAACAAACUGCAUUGCCAGUGAGUUUUGUUUUGCUUUGCUUUUUAUUUUUGUGUGACAUUGCUAUUGAAUAGAAAAGCAGGAAGAUGGAUUAUUUAAACUUUUGAGUCAGUGUAAUUGACUUUCCAUUUGAUGGAUCUGAUUCAGGACGGUGCUGUAAAUUUAUAUCCAAAAAUAUAUAUUUUAAAGUAUUUAGAUAAUACUUCUGCUUUAUACUUGGUCUUUGAAGGGUAAUCAUUUUAGACUAAUUCUAAUUGGAAUAGCAGUUUGGGGUUGGGGGUCUUAUGCAACAUCUGUCAGUUCAUUUUAAUGUAUUUCAUGCCUUCAUGUUUUUCUUAGUGGCUUAAUUGCACUUUAAAUGAGGUGUGCUUGACAUAAAUACAGUUGCUAACAAAUACUGGCUGUUAAUUUGAAGUUGUAGAAGAGACACUGAUUAUUAAUGUUAAUUUGUACCUCAUCUGUCCUUGUUCACUGUGUAUUUGUCUCUCUUAUUCUAACGUAUUUAGACGUGCACUUGUUUCUUGUCCUGUUUAGGAUGCUGUAGUCGGUUACCAUAAUAGCUUUCCAAUCUGUCGUCACUUUUCACAAUUCACAAAUUUGAAUUUCACAGUUUAUAAACUCAACUCAGGUGAAGCUUUGUUCUCAAAAUGUGGAUGAUAUAUUAGUAUUUGGUGAGAAAAUUUCACAUUUUGUCCUUAGCAUUGCAGUAGAAAUGUUACAUUUAUUUUUCAGCA